AUGAUCAGGUUACUGCUAGUCUUGUUCUACUUGAACUGUGUGUAUUGUCAAUUUUUUGGUUUCCCGGGUUUCUACGACCCUUAUGCUAUAGCUUGGGCACAAAGAGAAAGCUUAAAAACCUGUGUUGUAUCAACCGAUUAUGGAGACGUGGUUGGGGAAUGUACUUCAUCCAUUACCUGUGCCCUUCAUGGAGGAACCGCAACCCAAGCGUGUGGGGUGAAUGGAAUAUGCUGUCAUUAUCCUCCCAAGACAAAAUCGUGUACGGCAACAAGUGAAGGUGGUGUUGUCGAAGGUAAAUGUAUUACAGAUGCGAAAUGUAAAAAUAGCGGUGGAACACCCAAAGGUUCGUGUGGUUUUUUGGAGAAAUGCUGUGUUUACGACAAUAGUUGUAACAGGAUUACUUCAUCUAAAGUAUCUUAUUUCACGGGAAAAGUCACAAAAACAAAUGAUAUUUCUUCGUGCCCAUACACUAUUUAUCUUGAGAACACCAACGUCUGCCAAAUAAGAUUAGAUUUUGAAUCGUUUAAACUGGCAUCAUCCAAACAUGAUGGUUCUAAAUACGCUUGUUCCACGGAUAGUUUUUCGAUAGAACCAAAUCAUUAUGGUAUACCCGAUAUGUGCGGAUCGAACCAAAACAAUCAUGUAUACAUCCAUGUGCAUCCUGGUGAUUCGUAUGUAACAUUGACAAUGAAAUUGAGUAAAAGAUCUAACGUCGAUCUUGUGGAUCUGCCAGAAUGGAAGAUAAAGGUUACCCAAUUACAGUGUGGUGGAAAUGGAAAAAACGAUUAUUUGUCCCAAUAUGAUUUUCCCUUGUUAGCACCUAAGGGUGCCAUCCAGUAUUACACUCAAUCGACGGGCACGAUUCGUUCAUUUGGAUUUAACAUAGACAAAUCAUCAUCUUAUACGUUCAAUCAAAAUUACGCGAUAGCCAUCAGAAAGGACCCAGGAUAUUGCGGAGCGGCAUUUAAAGCACAGACGGCACACAUGCAAAUUCCAACCAAUUCGAAGAAUCCCGAGGCUGACUGCAAAGAUUAUUUAAGUAUCCCCGGUCUUGUGGACACUCAGUUUAAUCAUUUGGUCAAAAUUUGUAAAGCUCACGAUUUUAAAUCGGUUGUUCCUGGGCCCCUUAUAAUAAAUGUUCAUUCGGAACCCCAACAAACCCUUGAUACUGCCCCUUACGAGUUUAGAUUUGACUAUGAAAUGUUAACUGCAUGUACUUAAUAUUAAAUUAU